GCAUGGGUUUAUAGAAAUCACUCCUUGGCUGUGGCUGUCCAUCAUCACUCCUGGGCGGGAGCUGUCCGUCAGCUGUGCGGCGCUGGAUAAGCAGCCCCUGCCCGGCCGAAAGGUCACCCUGGGAGCUGCUACUUUGGUUCCUCCGGUCGGUCACUGGGAUAGCGGGGAAGCCAGAUUCAGUUUAGAAGAGCAAAUAUGGCUGGCAAAUAGUAUGUGUGUGUGAUGUUAAGUGGCUGUGAUGUUCUUACACCUGAGCUAGUCUCUGGAGGUAGUCAUGGGUGCAGAACAUGUUGUUGCCUUGACAUUGCAUGGUUCAGUCCUGUGUCAUGACAUGGUUGCUCUAAGGCCUGAAAAGUUGACUGGAAACAACACCAGGGUGGAGGUGACAACACUGUGUGGCUUUCUAGAAGAUGACCAUAGAGGAUCUCCCAGAAUCUUCCUUAGGAGGAGAGUCCCUCAUUGAAAGGGAACGGUUCUUGCUCCCAAACUCUGAAACAUCUGUUACUUUUUCUGUUGCUGCAGCACCAAUGCCUUCAGACUGUGAGUUUUCCUUCUUUGAUCCCAAUGAUGCAGCAUGCCAAGAAAUACUUUUCAACCCUAAAACGUCAGUUUCUGAAUUGUUUGCUAUCUUAAGGCAGUGGGUUCCACAGGUGCAGCAGAAUAUUGAUGUUAUUGGGAAUGAGAUCAUUAAAAGGGGCUGCAAUGUGAAUGACAGAGAUGGACUGACUGAUAUGACUCUCUUGCAUUACACUUGCAAAUCAGGGGCUCAUGGUAUUGGUGAUGUUGAAACAGCUGUAAAAUUUGCGACGCAGCUGAUUGAUUUGGGUGCUGAUAGCAGUUUACGCAGCCGCUGGACAAAUAUGAAUGCCUUGCAUUAUGCUGCCUACUUUGAUGUUCCAGAACUUAUUAGUGUUAUUUUGAAGAAUGCAAAGCCAAAAGAUGUGGAUGCCACCUGUAGUGAUUUUGAUUUUGGAACAGCUUUGCACAUUGCUGCAUUUAACCUGUGUACAGGAGCUGUCAAGUGUUUACUGGAACAUGGAGCGAAUCCUGCCUUUAGGAAUGACAAAGGGCAGAUCCCAGCAGAUGUGGUUCCUGAUCCAGUAGAUAUGCCACUGGAAAUGGCAGAUGCAGCAGCCAGUGCAAAAGAAAUCAAGCAGAUACUGCUGGAUGCAGUGCCUCUCUCGUGUGACAUCUCAAAAGCCACGAUUCCAAACUGUGAUCAUGUCACAGGCAAGGCCAUGCUUUUAUCGCUUGGCUUGAAGCUGGGAGAUCGUGUUGUUAUUGCAGGACAGAAGGUUGGUACAUUAAGAUUUUGUGGCACAACGGAAUUUGCCAGUGGCCAGUGGGCUGGCAUAGAACUGGAUGAACCUGAAGGAAAGAACAAUGGAAGUGUCGGAAGAGUCCAGUACUUCAAGUGCGCACCAAAACGCGGUAUCUUUGCUCCACUUUCUAAAAUAAGCAAGGCUUCUGAUCACAGAAAAAGCUUUGUACGAAGUUCUUCCUUGCGGUCUUCACCUUUGGUCAAAUCCAAGAAAAUUGAUGUGACACACGUAACUUCCAAAGUGAAUUCUGGCUUAAAUGUGGCAAAAAAAGACAGUGCUUCUGAAACCAGCUUUAUGACUGCUAACAGGGGCAAAAAUGCACCUGCGAAAGACGGUUUUCCGGGGUACAGCAGCUCUUCCUCUUCUACUACCUCCUUGGAAGGCAAACAGAGUUCCUCCAAGAAGCGGAACUCGGCUAGCAGCAAUAAAAAGGCAGUGACUGGUGGGUCUUCUGCCUCAUCUAAAGGUCGUGCUGGGUUGUAUAGCUCUUCUCCGGCUACGAGGAAAAGUCCUUUUGUUGAAGGAGAAAUUCAGGUUGGAGACAGAGUACUGGUGGUAGGACAGAGAACAGGCACUGUUAGAUUUUGCGGGAUGACAAAAUUUGCACCAGGAUUCUGGUGUGGAAUUGAAUUGGACAAGCCUCACGGGAAGAAUGAUGGUUCUGUGGGAGGCGUUCAGUACUUCAGCUGUCUUCCCAGAUACGGUAUAUUUGCACCACCAUCUCGUGUACAGAGAUUAACGGGUUCUCUGGAUUCUCUCACAGAGACUUCGUCGGGUAGAAUAAGUCACGCUUUUCCAGGUUUUAGACGCAGUCUAAGCACCACUUCUGCAUCUUCACAAAAGGAGAUAAACAGAAGAAACUCCUUUGUUAGAUCUAAGAGCUCUGUGUUACGGCGCAGCUGGAGUAGCACCAGUGCAGCUAGCACCGAGGGACCGGUGAAGCUGCAUGAAGGCUCUCAGGUUCUGCUGACCAGCUCCAAUGAAAUGGGGACAAUCAGGUACAUUGGUCCUACAGACUUUGCACCGGGGAUAUGGCUCGGACUUGAGCUCAGAAGUGCCAAGGGAAAGAAUGACGGCUCCGUGGGGGAAAGGCGCUAUUUCACCUGUAAGCUGAACCACGGGGUCUUAGUUCGACCUAGCAGGGUAACCUACCGUGGGAUUAAUGGGGCAAAACUUGUAGAUGAUAUUUGCUGAGCCAAAAUGUGCUCAUACAAUAGGAAGUAAGUAUUGUAAAGCACACAAGCACCCCAGCUGGAAGGCAAACUUAUUUUUUAAUUAUUAAACCUGCGUUUGCAUUUUACGUAGAGAGAGAGAUAUAUAUAAGUAUAUAUAUAUAUGUAUGUUUAUAGAUAAUAUAUAUUUUAAUAUAUAUAUUAAAAAAAAUAGAUAUGAUACAAGUUCAGUCACAUUAAGAAGUAAGCCACUAUUAUGUUUCUGUUACUGAAACAGCCCUCGUCUGGGAAGGUUAUUGCAAAAACAUCUUGGGUUUGGGCUGCUGUAUUAUUUGAAUAAUGUCCCAGUUCGAGAAUGCGAGUAUAUUUUCCAAUGUUCUCUAAAGUUGCUUUGUGAUUCAUGCAGUAUUUAAACGAUUUUACUCCAUGUAGUAACAAACUGAUAAUGCUUUGCGCACUGCUGCUUUUGACAGAGGAGGUGGUUAAUGAGUGACAUUAGUCUAGUUACCAGGCACUUUAUCAAUUCCAAUACCAGCUGCUAGCAAUAAGCAAGCAAAAAAAAAAAAAAUAAAAAGAUCCCUUUUUCAAGCACUGGUGGAAGUAUUUUUAUAUUUUAUCAUUCAGAUCCCUCCUCUUCUUUUCCCCCUCCUCCUCUCCCCUCCAGAACGCAAAAGGGCUGACAAACACAAGGAUUUGCAGUUACCCUAGUGAACAGCAGCAAUUAAAUAAAAAGCCUUUAAAAAGCACAAAUACGCUGCAUGUCAGUCUAUAGUAAAAAGCACUUUUUGUUGUAUGCGUUUGUAGGAGUUAUGUGUCAGAAGCACUCUUUAAAAUAAUGCACUUUGCACUCUCCUGGAGAGCUUUCCCUCAUUUUUAAAGCCUUUUUUUGUUUGGUGUGCUACAGGCUACGAGUAUCAGUUUUUAAAUGCAAAUAAACCCAGAUUGGAACUAUACAUAAUAGCCUCAUCAUAAAUAUUAAGUCUGUAUAAAUAGAGCACGGUAAUUCCUGCCAGUGGUAUGGAUUAUAUGCAGGGUUUUCAAGCAAGCUGUUAACAUUAUUUGAUUUGUUUGUGGAUACACGUUUCUUUCUGUUUCCUUCAGAACAGUUUCAAGUGUAAAUUUCUCCUAAGAGCCUUAUGAUAAAUUAAGGCUCGUUUUAGGUACAGCUUUGUAACACACCUUGAUGUGACAUUAUUUGCCUAUCAGCCUUUUGACACAGCUAAUAUUUUGUCUGUGUGUUAAACGUGUAUUUAUUUUAAUUGCUCAGUGUAUGUAAAUGUUACUUUAUCAGGAUGGUUUUGUGUGCCAGGAGAGUCAUUUUAUUCUUAAAUGAUCUGCUUGCUUUGACCUACUUGAAGAAGUGACACUUUAAAUAACAUCAUAAUAUCCUAUUUUUAGACAGAAUUCUGCUGCUGACUUCUUCUAAAUAUUGCCGUAGCUGUUUUUCUUGAGCUGUAUUUAAAAUAAUGCAUAUUGUAAUCUAACUUGCAGGAAUUUUUAAUUGAAUAUAAAAGCUGUAAAUUUUGAAUGUAAAGAAAUUAAUGCUUUAUAUUUGAAGAUGCAGAUAUUCAGUGAUGUACUGAACUUUACUUUGUCCAGUAUCUGUUUCUCGCUGGUGUUAGUAAAAUGAAACGCUGGUGAAUGGUAUGGGGAAAAGACUUUUCAUGAGGUUGUCACAGUCUGCUUGCUUCUGUUCUUGUGUACAAAUUAGGCAAACGGGCCCCAGCAACUGCACAAUAGAACCCAGAAGUUUUUACAUCUUCUAGCUACGUGGUACCGUACUGUCAGCUGUCAAACAGAGCGUUUGUACGGCACAGCAGGUUUUGCCAGUUUGUCCCAGCUUUGUGCUCCUGGGUGGGCAGUUCAGUUUCUGUGAGGAAACACUCAUUAUGGGAAACGCUGUUUCUCCUGCCUGACAAGAUGGAAUGGAGAUAAGGGCUUUAUCUGACGGGUAGCUGGAGUUCUUCCGGAGAUGCGCAGGGGAGUAAGUGUGUGGGUCAGGCAGUUUGUUAUAGUCACACCAUUUCUGUGUGGCCUGUCUUGCACAGAUGAAGGAAUACAGAGCAAUAACCUCUUCCCAAAAGUUUUCUGAUUCACUGGUAACUUUUUUUUCUCCAAGGGGUCAGGCUGUACCUUCCACAGGUCUGUAGCUACACCCACUGCAGCCCACUCUGGGCUAGCGAAGACUGCAGGACUUCACCGGCGUCUGUCUGAUGCGUAGAGCAGAGGGCAUAGGUACUGUCUGAGCAUCCGUGUAGUCUGCUUCCCCUUCAGUGUCAGCGUCAGCUAGCGGCACGUUUCUCCUGAAAGCUCUGGCCGUAAGCAGCUAGAGCAGUGCAGGUUAGAGGAGCAGAUCAGGACUGCUAGCGCGGUGGAGCUCCUCUGGUAGCACUGAGACUCUUCUGCGAGGAAGCAAGAAGCGCUGUAAAUUUAUGUGGCUUGAACCAGAAAUAAAUCAGUCCCUCCAUUCCAGAAAGGAUUACUGAUAGCCGUCUUCAUGUUGGUGAUGUGAAGGGAUUUGUGCUUCCCUAAAUCCAAGGUAAGUUGCUGUAAUCCUUUUCUUCACCUCUUGCUGGAGAACACUCUGUCAUAAAAGUAAUUCUGAAAAGAACUGGCAGUGAAGUUUGAAAUUAAGCGCUGUGCUGAGGUCUGUAUGAUCGCAGCCCCAACUGGUUAGAAAAAAAGGCAAAUGAGCCUCAGAGUCCCUAUAAACCAUAUAAAUAAAAUAUUACCUGUUUUAUAAAUACACAGGUGGUCCCCAGCAAUUCUGUGCAGCCUGUGCAGACUUGGAGGCUUGUCCUCGUUCCACAACAUGUCUCUGGGGUCCAGUUUUAGGAAAUGUUGUUCUUCAGUGCUCUCAGCCAUGAGAUCCUUUGAGCUUUGUUGGACACUGGCUGGAAAGGAGAGGUCAUAGGUGUGACAGGAAGGGGAAGAUUUUCUUGAUGUGUCCCAGCGGGAUUCAGUGACUGUUUUGCAGAUGUUGACAGUAAUGGUUUUCUGGGCAGGGAGCCUGUGCUUUUAAAAAGUGUUGCUAUCCAGCAGGAUCUGAGGCAUAAGGAUCCAAAACCAGCACUGCACAUUUGCAAAGCAUAACCUAGUUUCUCUGGCGAGGUAGCUCUGUUACCCGUGAGAGUGUUACAGAGGUGGCAAGUCCGGCAUUUACAGAGUUCAGAUUUUGCAGAAGCCUCGUCAAACACCAGGUGGAACCUGAAACAGUGUCCAUGAAGCCACGCAGCGUACCCACCUGCAUCCCACCUGCAUCCUCUUUCCUGCCUCGCUGCAGACAGACAACUCUGGAACAAAUGGAAAUUGCAGCAAAGGCGGCCAGCCCGUGCCAGAUCAAAACCAGUGCGUGGCGGCUGUCUGGUGGGGGAACUAGCUCCACUCCUAGAAGAGCACAGGGGAGCUCACUGGUCAGUUAAGACAGGAAAGAACCAAAGUGUGGGGGAAGUGGAGAGGUGCCUGCCAGCUGCCUGCUCAGGGGAAAAAAAGUCUUGUUAACUGAACCACAGCACUAUCCUGCGGGGAAUGUGGAUAAGCAAGUGAAGGAGAAUAACGUUUAUAGGUAAGUCAGUUCUAAUUUCAACGACAGUUUCUUGAGAAAGCAGCUACCUACGGCACAGGAGUGGUACGGGGAGGGGCAGAAAGUGAGCAUUUUGGGGCAGGACCCACCUCUUCCUGCGUCGGUCGCAGGACUUGGUGCUGGCGCUCCACUGUAUUGAAACGCAGCUUAUAAUUAGAGCUACUCAAAGCCCACACCCAGAGUCAUUAGGAUAGAAACAUUUAGGAAUGAAAACAGUGAAAUGCUCUUCUCAGCUCUCUGCUCUGUUCUCUUUUAUACUAGCCUGUUUCCUGGAAAACCCCAACUUUGCUGGUGUGUAGUAGCCGGAACGGCACCUUUCUCUGUAAGAAAGUGGAGGUGUGACAUCUGCAAUGCAAACGAGCCUUUACCCCGCUGCUGCGAGCCAGAAGGGGGGCUGGCUGCGGUUAGCAGCGCCUUUGGGGGUCGGUGUAUCUCGAUACUUCUGUAAUGUUACCACGUAAAAAUGGAUGGCCAGAGCCCGACUGUGAUGCCGAUCCGGUGAUUAGACAGCCCAACACAGGAAGCCGGCUACAGUCACUUUAUUUGUCUUCAUGCCUUGUGGUUCACUACACUUGUUUACAAUACAAAUACACUAUUCAAUACAAAAUACUCAAUGACCAUAUAUUAGUAUUUUUCUUCAUUGUAUCCCUGAAGUGCACAGGCCCUUCCUUUACAAACAAUGUUGCAUAAACUGCUGUACAUGAGACAGACACUCCUCUAAUGAAGCUUGUUACUAAAAGAAGCCAGAUGCAGACAAUUCAGACAUUUUCCUGCGAUGGGUUUAGCUUUGGGACAGACAAACCGGGAUGCCUUUGCUGCUGUGGAAGGCUGUUUUAUGCUAUUCCUACAUCACAGGUCUUGUCACCCAGCAGGCAGGCUCAGUAACGGGAGCAGACUGGCAACGUUCAAUCCUGCGGAGCCGGUUUCAGACCUCCGGCAUCACACGGCGUAUAAACGGCUGCGCCCAGCGGUGCUGCAGCUGCUCUCACGCUGAGCCUACAGCACCACUGUGAAAGGCUGACUCAGCACCUUCACGCAGCCCUCGUGUGUGCAGCCUGUGGCACCCGUACUGCCCCUCGCUACAGCAAAGCCCCUCUCCUGCUGCCCCUCCUCCCACUGCUCCUGGAGGAAGCAGGGACCACCCAAACUUCUUGCUUCGCUUCAUUUCCAGGCAUGCGAUGGAGAAACAAGGUUCAGUAGCGAAAAGGAAGAUGAAGGGACAACAGGAAAGGUAGAUAAACAGGCAUCCCAACCUAAUUUACCUUCAGGUGCAGAAACCUACCUAACAUCUAUAGAAACAGGUAGCAUCCACGUGGAAAUAAGCCACUUUCACAUUAUGAGUGUGGUAGCACAGGAUUUUCCCAGUCGUGCUUUACAUCCUGUAGAUCAUACUGCUUCCCACUUUUCCACUGUAGAGUGAGGAAGACACGUAAGACCAGAAUGUAAAUAUUGCCAAUGAAAAAGACUAACUGUCUUAAAAACAAAUUCCUUAAAAAAAUACUUUUUUUAAAUACAGUUUGCUGAGACAAUAUAUAAGUCAUAGACAAAAAUGGGUAAGAGGGUUAAAAUAGCUUUUUUUCUCCUACACCACUGUAAGCCUAGCGUGCAGAAGUUUUAAUAAGGGAAUUUGGGAUUUACACAUGCUGGGGUGCUUUUGUCUGAUGAGGUCAUGGUGACUUGUGCCCCUCCUGUUCCCUGCAGUUCUGAGAACUGAACAGUUGACUCUUUCCAGACAGAGAAAUUAAAAAUUCCUAGUUCACGACUAGACAAAAUACUCUUGCCAAUGACGUACAGCUAUAGGAGCUGUGCUAGAAUGAAACUGCUAGAAACUGGAACAGAAGAAAUGUGAACUCUGAACACUUCCAGAUGUUGUAAGAGAAAUGCUAAAACAAAUUCUAUGAAGAACCUUGUACAGAAUUUAAGCCACGGUUUCCUUACAACUAUGUUGCAUGAAUUACUCUGCUUCUUACACACUCACACAGAGGCUGUAACUGAACACGCUGUUAGCUUUACCCCAGCACCCAACCUUUUUCUUGUUUCCCCCUGCUCUCCUUGGAGCAUCCCUGGCAAAGCCUUUCAGAAGCUUCUUUCCUACCUCACCAAACUGCUGCUAGUAAUGCUUCCGCCCAGGGCUAACCUGCAGGGCAGCUGCAGCGCUCACACAGUUAAACGCUGCAUCGUUUCUGUCAGCCCUUCAGCUCCCUGGAGAUGGCACAGUCACUGAUAGUGCUGAAGUGUGAAUCGUUAAUUUGAUGACAGAGGCAACUGGUAUCAUUACAGAAAGCUUUUUUCAUACCAUCCCAGUGAUACAAAUCAAAUCUCGCAUUGGCACAGAAAUCCUGGCAAAGCUGUGGCAACAGGACACACACUUAAAACUUAACGCAGCGGCGAAAUGACCAGGGAACUGUCUUCACUGCAGCCUGCACACUAGUAGCAGAGCACCCUUUGGUCCAGGCCAUUAAUUCAUGGAAAUAAUUUGUCCUUGAUGGCAUUAUUUGUGGUUUAAGAGACAGGCAAACGCUCCAACCCUUCUUUCGAGUGGUAAGAUUUGACUAGCAUCAGUAUUUACAAAACAAUUUUUGCAAACUGGGGUGCUGUGCUUGGACAGCACACAGGGGUACCAAACUAAAUGGUUGCUAUGGAAGAGCUCAGAGAUGUUAUUUUUUUACAUUAAAAACAAGCCCAAACUAGAUUUCUGAAUUCCAAGAGUUAAAUUCCAAACCACAAAACACAAAACCCAACACCAAAAAACCCACAACAAAACAUUUUACACUGGAGACACUGGAAGGAAGCUUAUUGGAAACCAGCUGAACAGCAUUUAUCACAAUGCACCGUACCCAGCAGGCUAGAGAAUUUCAGUAGUAAUUCACCAUUUCCCCUGACCAGAAUUAUCUCCUCACCUAUUGUGUAGGUAAGAAGGCAGUAAUGUGUUUAGCUCCUUCGUUUGUUACAACUCGUUCUGUAAGAGUGUUUCAGUUGAAAUUCUAUGAUAAAAUAACUGCAGAGCACAGGCUGCAGAGCAGUAAUCACGCUAUCACCGUGGCUGGGGAGAGCCUGCCUUUAGCACCUUCACCCCCGCAAACUUAUAAUCAUCUCUUGCUGCUUGUGCUUUUAAAGCUUCUUUAGAAAUGCUACCUGUAACAUCAUAACCUGGCAGCUUAUCUGCAUUUGUGCAGCAUCAGAGCUGCUGCCCCAGAGCCAAGAAUUAAUAAUUUCAGCUAGUCAAAGAUCAUUAACUUUGCAACUUUUUGUUCAUGUGUAUUCUUUGAGAACACUCAUCAGUAUACAGGUCAGAUCCUGACCUCAGCAACACGUAAGAGGCAGGGCAGUAAAAACCCAGCGUGCUCCUAUGCAAAGAGCUAAAGAAAACAAUGAGGAGCUUCAGCCCUUCUGAAAAUGAGAAACCUAGAAUAUUUAAAUGAAAAUUGCUAUUACAUGUGAGUAAUAUACUAGCGUAAGAAAUUAUUCUGUAGUGCUUACCUCCUGAAUGAAUCUGCUUUCCUGAGACUCUAGAAAACUUCCCCACUGAGUUUACCCAGCGAGAGGGACCAGCAUGACACUAACGCAGUCCUAAGCUAGACCAAAUCCUUCUCUGGUGGCUAUUUCAUGACAAGAGCUGUGAGCCUAAAAACCUCGGAGAUGACAAAUAUUCUCUUAAUUCAAGCUAAAGAAACCUAUGGGACGCAGCACAGCACCCGAAGCACAACCCUCGUUACCCCCACGCAGCAGCGCUGCGGUGCAUCCCUCGCAGAUGAACGUGAAAUUCGGAGCAGCCCCUGACCCAGGUUCCUAACAGCAGAGCACAGCCCCUCGAACCAAGCACCACACGCAAUUUUGGCAUUUGUCUAAAACCAGGUUUUAGUCCUGGGUACCAGAGAUGUCAGAAAGGCAGGCUGAGAGCACGCCGCCUCCCUCCUCCUGUUCUUUCUACAGGGGUAGUGGCCCAAACCAAGCCCUCCAGUCGCAAUCUGCACAUCUCAAAGGUCAGGAGUAUGUUAUGCGGAUUCUGGUUUGUUCCCUUAUGAAUACAGGAAGCUUACCUCAACGUUUGGAUCCAGGGCCAGAUUCAGAGUCACUUCACUGAAAUGAAGAGUCUCGGACUGAAGAACACCUUCACGUUCCUUUGCUGAUGCUCCACUACCCCCGUUUCUAUGGAAACAGGCACCCCUUUCUGGAUAGCGUUCAUACUAAAACAGCUCCUUGCAACCCUAAGUUGAAGUUACUAACGCACAUCUUUACACAUGAAUUAUUUCCUACAUCUAUGUUUUGACAACACACUUAACUGGAGUAUUUUUCAUGCACAAGGUGUACAAAAUGAGUCAAUGAAGUGUUUGUCUUUAAACCACUAUCAUACACGUAUUUUGUUAAAAGAAACAAGGGCUCUGCACCCUUCAAAUAAUACAGAGAGUAUCUAUCUGGCAUCCGGAUUGUGGCACGACGUAGUCUUCUGCCUUUACGUUGUUUGUACAGGGUAUGUCAAAGGCUAUCGUAAACCUCGGAGGUAUGCAGGUGGCUGUCCAUUUUCAGGGCAUGGUGGAAGUCUCUCUCACGACCACGGUCCUUUAAAACUUCACCUUGGUUCCACUUGACAUGCACAAGUUCCUGAUGAAGGACAUUCCUACUUUUGUAGGACAGAAGGAAUUUUAAAGGGCUUUACUCAGUUUUAGUGCUUAAACACGGGGGGGGGG